CCAUGCAGUCUUACCGGCGGAACUGAAAGCGGGCUUCAGCAUAUGGAGAGCUGUUGACGGGUUUUGUCAUCGCAAGCGAUUGAGGAUAUUCGCUCACCCAUUUGCCGUAAACCUUCGUGACUCGAAGAAGAAACCAUGGACGACAUAGCAGUGGAAACUGUGGAAAAUGUGACUGAAACUGUCGAGAACAUCACGGAAGCUGUGAAAAAUGGUACUGGAAAGAUUCCGGCUACCCCGGAGGGAAUGGCGAUUGCCUACAGCAGCUUGGUCAUUAUGGCAUUGCUGCCUAUCUUCUUUGGCUCCUUUCGUUCCAUCAAGCAUCAUGCAGACCAGAAAGAAAACUGUGAACGCACAGGAGAGAAACCUGAGAGGAUGACCCGAAAGGAUGCAGCAAUGUUUCCAAUUAUAGCCAGUUGUGCAUUAUUUGGAAUCUACAUUGUUUUUAAGAUCUUCAGCAAGGAGUACAUAAACCUGCUGCUGACGGGCUACUUCUUCAUGCUCGGCGUGCUGGCGCUGACGCAUCUUAUCAGCGAGCGCGUCGGCCGACUGCUGCCAGCCUCCGUGCCGUUCAUCCAGUACCACCUGAGGUUGACUCAGGAUGCCACAGAGGAUCUCAUCGACUUCAAGUUCAGCACACACGACUUGGUCAGCCUGGCGCUGUCGGCUGCCGUCGGCGUCUGGUACCUCGUCCAGAAGCACUGGAUCGCUAACAACAUCUUCGGCCUGGCGUUUUCCGUGAACGGGGUGGAGAUGCUCCACCUGAACAGCGUGCUGACGGGCGUCAUCCUGUUGGGCGGCCUCUUCAUCUACGACAUCUUCUGGGUGUUCGGCACUGACGUCAUGGUUACUGUCGCCCGCUCAUUCGAGGCGCCCAUCAAACUCGUCUUCCCGCAAGAUCUACUGGAGAAGGGCCUGGCCGCCAACAACUUCGCCAUGCUGGGCUUGGGCGACAUCGUCAUUCCGGGCAUCUUCAUCGCCCUUCUGCUCCGCUUUGACAUGAGUCUGAAGCGGGGCUCGAAGGUGUACUUCUAUAUGACGUUCGCGGCCUAUGUGGCCGGCCUGCUCACCACCAUCUUCAUCAUGCACGUGUACAAGCACGCGCAGCCGGCGCUGCUGUACCUGGUGCCCGCGUGCCUGGGCACCCCGCUCCUGCUCGCCCUGGUGCGGGGCGACAUCAAGACCAUGUUCCAGUACGAGGACCAUCCCGAGGAGGCCGAGGCAACAGAGGCCAAGAAGACUGAGUAGUGGACCGGCGCCGAGCUCGCGCCGCCUGACGGACCGGGCCGCGGCCGACGCGCCGCCCUCGCCGCGGGGUUCUGAGCUUCGCCGGCGGCGGCAGGUCUUGUCCGCCCGGCUCUGCCGCACUCACAAGGCCCGCUCGCCCGGCGCCGCGGCGGUUCGACCGUUGUUAACCGUCGCCUUGUUGUGCUCGCUUCCGGAAGGACGCGGCCGGCCGGCGGCGUGCGUGGAGACGGCCUGCUUCGCGUGCGGUGGGUGUGGGUGUGGGUGUCGCGGCGGACGGGCGACGUGUGGACUGAGCUGGUUGUGCGCUGCGUCGGAGCCCGCGACAGGUGGUGCGUGUAUGCUGGGCAGCUGCGGACGUUUGCUGCGGAUGGCUGGUGCGCGGGUGAGGGCGUGGGCGGACGGCCACGGCGGCAGGGGCUUCAGCACGCGCCACGCUGGACCAACCUGAACAUAGAAUUCGUUUGAACGUGGCCGUUGCCCGCGUUCUCGAGUUCGUGUCCGUUAUUUUCCGAGGAAGCGCACCUGGAUGGUGGCUGAGGUAUCUUUGGACGGACUUCCUUUGUACUUGUGUCAAAAUUGGCCGCUUUUUAUGCAACUAUUUGUUAUAGGUUUUGGUACCAAAAAACAGUAUGCCUAGUGCCGUAUGUGGCAGUGUCUGUAAAAAGGUGAUGGCUUGGCUGGGACUGGUGGUUGGUCCGUGUUUGUUGAUUUAGGUAUUAUGUGUCAUGCGUAUUGCCAUCACAAAUUUUCAGCCUUGUUUAUGCGUCACAUAGUGUUUAUUUUUUGGACAAUAUAACGUUGGCAAUUUC